UUCCCUCUCUGCGGGGAGCCGGGGGGUCGACGGUGUGCGGGUACGCGAGCGUCGCGACGCCCGGAGGGAUCCGCUCUGACCCGGAAGCUCCGCCCCUGUGGAAGUCGAGCCGCCAACCGGCAUAUCCAACGUACGGUAGGAGGAGCCACCGUGUCCCCUUGGCGCCAGAGGGCAUGGAGACGAAGAUGGAACCGUUGACACCGCCGCACACACCGCCCAUGAUGGACAGGACGAUGCAUCAACAGUUGCACACGUCGAGAUGGUUAAGAUCGAGCCAACAACACUUCGGAAGAUUUGGCCAGCAACAUUCGAACGGCGGGCAAAACGUUGGUUAUCAGACAGCUUUCCUCAACAAUUGGCUGAGGGAUGCCGCGUUGCUGGCUGUCAGGGGUUGUUGCCCCCAAUCAACGUCCACGCAUCAUUAUCACCAUCAUCAUCACGGUCACCAUCAUCAUCAAGGUGUCCAUCCAGCGCUCCCUGUCCCACCUCCCGCCUCGUUUCUAACCAGAAGGCUGCCCGGCCAGAGACCGAAGAAACAGUUCAUAUGCAAAUUUUGCAACAGACAAUUCACCAAGAGCUACAAUCUAUUGAUACACGAGAGGACUCACACGGAUGAGAGACCUUACUCUUGUGACAUUUGCGGGAAAGCAUUUCGAAGACAAGAUCAUCUGAGGGAUCAUCGUUACAUUCACAGCAAGGAGAAGCCUUUCAAGUGCAGCGAAUGCGGGAAAGGAUUUUGUCAAAGCAGGACACUUGCCGUUCACAAGAUACUUCACAUGGAGGAGUCCCCUCACAAAUGUCCCGUCUGUUCAAGAAGCUUCAACCAAAGGAGCAACCUGAAGACUCAUCUUCUCACUCACACGGACGUGCCCCAAGAUUUGAGAAUCGAGGGAUCGGUGGCUUCGGAUCUGUCGGCCACCACGGCGGUCAGACAGAUGGCGGAUAGGGUGAGUGGACUGAUCCCGAUUCAAAGGACCAGUACCACCCCUAAGCUAGGAUUUAGCAUAGAGGAAAUUAUGAGACGUUAAAAAUUAUAUACCAUCCCUCGCAAGCUAAUUUAACGAUACUUUGAUGAACAACGCUUUCGCGCUUUCCCGCGGAAUCUGCGUGCUUCGUUUCUUAAAAUCAAAUUAAUAAGUAAACGAUUUUCUGUGUCUUCUUUUUAAGGGCUGAUUUUGCAUUUGGUUUUGCCAGUUACACUAUAUUAUCUAGUAUUAUAAUAUUACAAUAUUAUAAUAUUAUCCAAUAUUAUAGUUAAUUGGUAAUAACCGUGUAUGUCAUUUCUUAAAAAUUUAUGUACUUUUUAGAGAGUAUAUAUUUAACUUCUCAAUAUGAUAUGACUUUGGUUUGGUUAUUUAUAGAAAAAAAGAAAAACAUGUAUGCUUUUACUUGUAUUUUUACUAUUCAUAUUUUACUAUUUACAGAAAAAAAGAGAUGCAAAAAUUUGAUUUACUUUGACUUGUAUCGCAGUUAAUUGAGGAUCAAUCACGAUAUUAGAAUCGUGAUUGAAAUUCUUCAACAAAUUACGCGAGUAGAAAUAAUUAUUUUUAAUGAGAAAUAAUUAUUUUCGUACGAAGCACGCUGGUUUCGAGUAUAGUAUAAUUCGCGUUGUAAAUAUAAUUUCCUUGAUUAAAUUAUUCAAUUUAAUGCUGUUCAUGUUGCGAAGAGGGAGGAACGACUAGCUUACCAACUUCGUUUUCCCCUUUUUCCUUCGACUUGUAAAUAAUCUUGUACUUAUAUGUAAUUGUACGAUAGUAGCUAAAUUACUCGAAAACGAAUGUAUUACAUUGUAGGUAUUCAUCGCGGAAAAUAGAUAAAUUAUCGUCAUCGUUACACUCA